CCCAUCCAUGGCUGGACCCCUGCCCAGUAGGUGGGUCUAUCCCCUCCCAGGCCCAUCCAUGGCUGGACCCCUGCCCAGUAGGUGGGUCUAUCCCCUCCCAGGCCCAUCCAUGGCUGGACCCCUGCCCAGUAGGUGGGUCUAUCCCCUCCCAGGCCCAUCCAUGGCUGGACCCCUGCCCAGUAGGUGGGUCUAUCCCCUCCCAGGCCCAUCCAUGGCUGGACCCCUGCCCAGUAGGUGGGUCUAUCCCCUCCCAGGCCCAUCCAUGGCUGGACCCCUGCCCAGUAGGUGGGUCUAUCCCCUCCCAGGCCCAUCCAUGGCUGGACCCCUGCCCAGUAGGUGGGUCUAUCCCCUCCCAGGCCCAUCCAUGGCUGGACCCCUGCCCAGUAGGUGGGUCUAUCCCCUCCCAGGCCCAUCCAUGGCUGGACCCCUGCCCAGUAGGUGGGUCUAUCCCCUCCCAGGCCCAUCCAUGGCUGGACCCCUGCCCAGUAGGUGGGUCUAUCCCCUCCCAGGCCCAUCCAUGGCUGGACCCCUGCCCAGUAGGUGGGUCUAUCCCCUCCCAGGCCCAUCCAUGGCUGGACCCCUGCCCAGUAGGUGGGUCUAUCCCCUCCCAGGCCCAUCCAUGGCUGGACCCCUGCCCAGUAGGUGGGUCUAUCCCCUCCCAGGCCCAUCCAUGGCUGGACCCCUGCCCAGUAGGUGGGUCUAUCCCCUCCCAGGCCCAUCCAUGGCUGGACCCCUGCCCAGUAGGUGGGUCUAUCCCCUCCCAGGCCCAUCCAUGGCUGGACCCCUGCCCAGUAGGUGGGUCUAUCCCCUCCCAGGCCCAUCCAUGGCUGGACCCCUGCCCAGUAGGUGGGUCUAUCCCCUCCCAGGCCCAUCCAUGGCUGGACCCCUCCCCAGUAGGUGGGUCUAUGUCCUCCCAGGCCCAUCCAUGGCUGGACCCCUCCCCAGUAGGUGGGUCUAUGUCCUCCCAGGCCCAUCCAUGGCUGGACCCCUGCCCAGUAGGUGGGUCUAUGUCCUCCCAGGCCCAUCCAUGGCUGGACCCCUGCCCAGUAGGUGGGUCUAUGUCCUCCCAGGCCCAUCCAUGGCUGGACCCCUCCCCAGUAGGUGGGUCUAUGUCCUCCCAGGCCCAUCCAUGGCUGGACCCCUCCCCAGUCAUGUGAAAUCCAUAGAUCAGGGGAUAAUUUGUUUAUUUCAAUUGACUGAUUUCCUUACAUGAACUGUAACUCAGUAAAAAAGUUGAAAUUGUUACAUAUUGCGUUUAUAUUUUUGUUCAGUAUAAUAGUAGUAGUAGUAGUAGUAGUAGUAGUAGUAGUAGUAGUAGUAGUAGUAGUAGUAUACCACAGUAAUAACAAGGUUUGUUUUGGAUCAUUUGAGUGUGUAGUAUGAAACAGUAUUCUACUACAGCAUUUGGAGUACACAAUCAGUUGUUUCUCACUGUGCUAUGUCUCUGUUUUAGGAUCAGUGUGUGUACGAAGUGAUUUGAUUUGUAAUUUACAUUGGUAUGUUCU